AUGGCAUCCCUUCCGCUACCUCGUGUCGAGUCCCUGGUGGAGUGCGCCUCCUUCAAACUUACGGUUCUGCCCUACCUUGCCCAGGUGCAAUGGCUCCCCGCCAGCUUGCGCGAAGCUGGUCGGAAUCUGGAUAGCUUGAAGGAAGUUUACCUGGCCACCAACCCCUUGGUCUCCGCACUUGCGUUGUGCUCGGUCUUAGCUGGGAUUUUCUUUUUGGCCGCGGAAAUCAACCGCAAUUUUUCGCAAGUAGAUCGCUUGUGGAGCAUCCUGCCUGCUGUCUAUAAUGUGCAUUUUGCCGCUUGGGCGCGUUUGGCUGGUAUUCGCACGCAGACUUUGGACACAAUCGCGGUGAUCAGCGUACUUUGGAGCGUUCGCUUGACCUUCAACUAUUGGCGCAAAGGAGGCUACUCGAUUGGCUCCGAGGACUACCGCUGGGCCAUCGUGCGCUCGAAGGUGAACAACACCUUCCUUUUCGCCAUCUUCAACUUCACUUUCAUUGCCGCGAUCCAAUCCCUCUUGCUCCUGCUCAUCACGGCCCCGACCUACGCUUUCGUGAUCGCCGCAUACAACCAGGGCACCGAGGUGUUUGAUCUCUCCGAUCUCGCCUUCUCCCGCUUUGCGAUCUUCUUGAUCGUUAUCGAGUACUUCGCAGACCAACAGCAGUGGAACUUCCAGACCGCGAAGCACGAGUACCAGAAGAAUGCGCGCAUUCCCGAGCCCUACAAGGACCAGUACACUCCCGAGGAUCUUGAGCGUGGCUUUGUAGUCAGCGGUCUUUGGUCAUGGUCGCGCCACCCCAACUUUGUUGCUGAGCAGGCCGUGUGGCUGACCAUGUAUAUCUGGGCUGCUUACCGUACUGAGACCUAUGCGUCAUGGCUUGGACUUGGAGUCGUGGGCUACCUGCUCAUCUUCCAGGGUAGCACCCGCUUGACUGAAUCCAUCAGCGCUGAAAAGUACCCCGAGUACAGCGAGUAUCAGGCUCGCGUUGGCCGAUUUAUCCCCCGUCUGUCCGUGGAAGCCAAGAAGUCCAAGCCCGCGAGCAAGAAGGCUGCUGCCAAGAUCGAAGGAGCUGAGGCUACCGAGGAGAUCGAGGCCAAGAAGAGCAAAUAA